AUGUCCAGCCGACCCAGCGUCUACGUCCACCAGACCAGCUCUGGCCCCUCUACCGCCAGCUCUUCCAGCCGCUCUUCCAGCUCGUCUGCCCAUUAUGCGGCGUCCAACUCCCGCUCUGUCUCCGAUGCCCGCGAGUAUGAUGCCGAACGCCGUUCUGCUCAAGUAGUCCGAACCGCUGGCUCUGUCGUCGUCAACCACCACAGGCGGGACUACGAGACGGACUCUCCUUCUCCUCGCUACCGUGGUGGCUACCAGUGA